ACCAUAAUAUCUGGGAAAACAACAAAACCAAAAUCCACGAAGAGAAAGGCAUGUCAUGUGUAGAGUAAAAUAGGAGGAAAUACAGGGUAAGCUGUCUCUUCCCCUACUUUGCGUGAUAAAUAUAUAAUAAGGAAAGGAAGGAGCGGUUUUAGGGAAGUAGUUGAGUAAAAAUAACAAUGGAGCGCAAUGAGAGUGGCAUCCACAACGUUAACGAUGAUUACAAUACAGAACUUCUGCCUCAGCGAGAUGAAAGGUCGUCGUCUUCAUGGCGUCUCAACCUCGACGAGUUUCGCCUUCCCCAACAAAGCUUAUCCUCUCAGGACGAUCCUUUCUCUCGCCUGCUUUGUACCCCUAAGAAACAGCGGAAGGUUUCAGAGUACUACAAAAAGCAAGAAAGGCUCCUUGCAGGAUUUAAUGAGAUGGAGACCAUGAAUGAGAUGGGUCGUUUGCCCGAUAGCCUAACCGAGGAUGAAAUGAAGCAACUUGCAAGGAGUGAGAGGAUGGCAGUUCAUGCGUCUAACGCUGCCAAUUUGGUGCUUUUUGGUGCCAAGGUAUUUGCCUCUAUUGAAAGCAAAUCUUUGGCAGUCAUUGCAUCAACUUUGGAUUCACUCUUGGAUCUCCUGUCGGGAUUUAUUCUAUGGUUCACUGCGCAUGCCAUGAGAACCCCCAAUCAAUAUCACUAUCCAAUUGGAAAGAAACGAAUGCAGCCCGUUGGUAUCAUUGUUUUUGCUUCAGUAAUGGCAACUCUAGGAUUACAAAUAUUGCUGGAGUCUGUCAGGGAACUGAUUGCAAAGUCCCACCCGGAGAUCAAUCACAUGCAAGAGAAAUGGAUGAUCGGGAUUAUGGUUUUCGUGACGGUGGUGAAGUUCGUCCUCAUGGUCUAUUGCCGGCAGUUCAAAAACGAAAUCGUUAGAGCCUACGCGCAGGAUCAUUUCUUCGAUGUGGUUACUAACUCUGUUGGUUUAGCAACAGCUGUUCUAGCUAUUCAUUUCCGCUGGUGGAUUGAUCCAACUGGAGCUAUAAUUAUAGCACUAUACACGAUGAGUACCUGGGCCAGAACAGUGAUUGAGAAUGUAUGGUCACUAAUUGGAAGAAGCGCACCACCUGAUUUUCUAGCAAAAUUGACGUAUCUGAUAUGGAACCACCAUGAAGAGAUACAACACAUUGACACAGUAAGGGCAUAUACAUUUGGUUCCCAUUACUUUGUGGAGGUUGACAUAGUGUUGCCUGAAGACAUGCUGCUGAACAAAGCACACAACAUUGGUGAGAAACUGCAGGAGAAGCUAGAGCAGCUACCAGAAGUUGAGCGAGCCUUUGUGCAUAUCGAUUUUGAGUUUACACAUAGGCCUGAACAUAAGACCAUGGUCUGAGUCCGAUGCUUGCAUCGGUGUGGUUUGAUCUCCCAACCUCAUUAUUGUGCUUUCAUACUUCAUAAAUUGUUCACCCCUUAGCGUCUCUCCUGGUUGUAGUCCCAAAUGCUACAUAAUUUUACUUGUCUUAUUAUAUCAUUAACUACGCAUCGUAUGAAUCCCUCUCA